GUAAAUCAAACAUUCUCAGUCUGUUUAAAUUGCAUCAUUACAAUAUACUUAUUCGAAAACAUGAAAGUAUCCGUCCCGGCGUUGCUGAUGCUCGUGGUAUUGGUGCACGAAGUGGUUUGCCGCAGAAACGGCAGUGGGUCAAACGGCAGUAAGUCGAGCGGCAGUAAUUCAGACGGCAGUAAGUCGAGCGGCAGAGGGUCAAACGGCAGUAAGUCGAACGGCAAUAAGUCAAGCGGCAAUAAGUCGAACGGCAGUGGGUCAACCGGCAAGAAGUCGAACGACAAGAGCACAGAGGUAACUGGCAAGGUCAGCACGGACGGCAAAAACGUAAAGGUGGAAGGAAGUGUGAAACAUGAUACUGGGAAUGGUGUGAAAGUAGAUGUUGGUGGUCAUGCGGACACGCAGGGAAACGUUGGAGUGUCCACGGAAGUGAAAGUGACGUUCAAAAGAAGAAGGAGAAGGAGCUUUGAGCAGGAGAGGUAUUUCACUCAGUGCACACAUCAGUGAACCCAUGUGAUUUCAACCUUUACGACACGAACAGAGAUGGAGUCAUCUUUAAAGAAGAGUUAGCAGCUGUGUAUGGCGACAACGCGGAAACUGACGAAUUGUUCGAAACACUGGAUUUGUUUUCAGGAGACGAACAGGUGGACAGGGAUGAGUUCACGUACAUGAUUUCAAUGACUUUCCAGGGAUGCUGAACACGGCGCGCGAUAUAUAGCUGGUUGAAACCCGAUUGAAUUGUAUAACAAUAUAUUGAACUUUAAAAUGUUUAAACCUUUAGAUAUCUUUUUGGUUGUUCAAUUUCUUUGUUUGAACUAAAAUGUGUAAGUAAGUGUGCAUAGCAGACUAUUUAUUAAAUGAUAAAGGCACCGUAGCUUAGACAAUAAAGAACAUUUAAACAUUUGAAACAUGCAAUCUUUGAGGUAACCAAAAUAAUUUUAUUAUAGCUACAUGUACCACGCUACGUAUUAGAACAUUUUCAUUUAAUCAUCUUUAAUACCUGGUCGCUUUAAUGUAAACAUUUGUUUUAUAUUCAUAUUGUUAUACGAUAAUUGACAAACGUUUAUGCGAAAACUAAUUAUGUCCUUAAACGCAGAA